GAUUUCAUCAGCAGUAACGGAUAAAUCUGGAAUAUUCGAUAACGGACAGGGGUUGAACAGAGAAACAAAGAAAUACUUUGUCGGUUUGCCCUUUUGUAUUAUGUAGUGAAUACGGUGAAUACGUGGGAACAGGUAUCUGUUAAAAACUGAUGACUGGUCAAGAAGAAGAGUAGAUUUAAAAUAUUUCUUUAAAUGGCUUAACCAAGAAAUUGUUUUAUAGUUUAAUAUAUCCUUGGUUGUGGAUCUGUAGGUGCUAUGACUUCUAUAAGUAAUUUGUUCGAAAGAAGAAUGGAUGGCACUUACAUAGUCAAUGCGGAUGAAAACGAGAGUCUGUUUGAGACACAGAAUGCAAAUAGAGAUAUUGUAUCUUGUAAUGAAUCUUCCGAGCAGUCCCAGGAGAUUGCAAGUUCUGUUAUUUUAGCAGGAAAUUGGGAUAAUCCAAGAAGACAUCAAUUAUCGGAGGAAAAAACUGUAUCCUCUUUAGGUUCCACUCUAAAUUCUACAAUAUUAGCAGGACAUGUUCCAGCAUUGGAGGCUAGUCUUCCUGUAACUUUUACAUCACUUACUAAACAUAAAUCGACGAAAGAUAUUUAUUCUUCCGGAGCCGUACCAAUAAGUGAUAAUAAUUCAAACGAACUUAAUAAAAGUAUUUAUGUUUCAUCCAAGAAAGAUAUCAGUGAACAACACGAUGUAUUGUCCCUAAAAGGUUUUAAAGAUGAUUCUGAUGUAAUACAAAGUACAGAAGAAAAUGUACAAUUUAAAGACAGUAUUGAUAGUACAAAAUAUAAUUCACUUAAAUCUCUUUUCACGCUCCCAAAGGAAAAAGAUGUACAUUUACCUAUUAUUAAAAUAACUCCACCGGUAGAGGAUAAAGCGUGCCUCAAAGUUCAAUCAGAAACUGACUAUUCAUCGAGUAGUGUCGUAAGCUCCACUUCAAAACUCUCUGAAAGUUGGGAAACUGACUUUAGCGAGUCUGAAAAAGGAGUUAUCGAAAGUGUUAAAAGUCCUUAUGUACGGUGCAUUCCAUUUAUUGACGAUUGCCCCAAAUCAACCCCAUAUCCAGGACAAAUCAAAAGUUUUAACACAAUUAUUAGCGAGUCUACUAUUAGGAAAGAAAGUUUUAAUAAAUGUCAUGAUGCAACGGUUGUUAAAUUGAAAGAUCAAAGCAAAUCAUUUUUAUCUGUUUUGAAUAAAACCUAUUCUUCUGGUGCAGAGAGAAACCCAGAGACUGAUGAUAUUAUUCCAACACGGUACCUGCAAAAAUUUGCUUCCUCUCCAGAAGCUUUUACUAGGAAAUUAGUGACUAUCAUAGAAGAGUCGAUUAUGGAAUGUGAUUCGGGCAAUAAAUCUGGCAUGAGUUUAAGUAAAUUCACAAAAGAAUUCAAGAAGAUGUGUAAAUUUAUAGAAGACGAAUCUGUUCCUGAAGGUUUUUUACUUUGUGAUACCAAUUUGUCUAUGCAAGAAGAGAAAAGACAAAAUUAUAGUGUAGAGGUUGAGUCUCACGAAAGAACAAGAGAUGCAAACCAAUACAGAAAAGAAGAUAGCAAAGCAGCGUUCUCAAACAUUGUAUCGGCACAACCACAUUUUUUAAAUCAGUCUCCAGACAAAAAUAAAAAAAUGGAUCGCUUCAAAUUUGUACAAAGCAAUAAAGUAUGGAAUGAUCUAUCUCCAAAGAAAAUAGAAAUUGAUAAAGAAUUAAAUAACGACAGUAUCUCUUCGUUUCUUGAGUGGGAAAAUCUUUGUAAUGCACUGUAUUCGGAUCAGGAAUGUCCAGAUAAUAGCCAACCCAGUACACCGUCAGUGGAAUUCACUUCUUGUCCAACCGAAAGUGAUACUUAUUUAACUGCAUCUGAGCGACAGAUGUCUUUGCUGAUGAUAGAAAGUUUGGUAGAAAAUGAGAAUAUCAAAAAACUGUCAGGAUCGGACAUUUUAAAGAACAAGAAAUCUCCGAAUACUGAACAAUUCUACAAACGUAGAUUAAACAGCUUAAAUAGAAAGGCAACGUCUUCUAAGGAUGAUCAAGGGUCGUAUUCCGAGAAAGAAUUAACAGCGAACACAUUAUUGGAAUUAAGAAAGAAACGACAGAGGUGUUUUGAUGCAGCAAAGGCAGCGUCAGCUAUUACAGAAAAAUGUACGAUAGAUGAAAGUGAAGAAUUUGCAGGAAGACAGAAAUCAGAUGUGCCAAAAUCAUUGCAGUGCAAUGCAAAAUUUGAGCGAACGCUUUCCAUCUGCGCAGGUUAUUAUUCUGAGUUGAUGAAUACAUUUCAGUCAUAUGCCACAGUACCUCCAAAAGUUGAGAAUCUCAAACCAAGUGAAAAGACUAAAAGUCUUUUAAAAUCCAAUACUGCUUCCGUCAACCGUAAACCUGUGAAAUCUGUGAAAUUGGUUAAAUCAACACAGAGAGUUCAGCUUGGCGCCAGUAAAAAUUCUGCUUCGACAGAAAAAGGCAAUACUAUGAGGACAGUCAGUUGUAAAACAACAUUGCAAAGAAGAGUGCCUAAAGCUUUACCUACUGAAAAGACAAAACAGUUGUCUUCGAAUGUAGUUCAGAAAGACUUCAGAAAGAACAAGGGCUUGAAUACUACAUUUUUACAGUUAAGUAGUAAGAAGCGUAAAGCUGAGCAUGUAUCACCAAUUUUCAAAGACGGAAAACAUAUUGUUAUGAAGACGAAAGAAUUAAAUGAAGCAAAGUCUGAACGACCACAAAGUGUUAAAGCUACUCGAAGUCCACUUAAUGCAAAUUACUCGCCUCAAAAGUUACCAAAAAAUAUGUCUCCAAAACCUUUGUCACCUCUGGUUUUACCAAAAUCUCGAUUA